CUUGACUUCCCAUGAUGCAUCGGUUUUCGGUUAGACUGCAACAGGAGGAGGAGUCGGUUGUGUUAGAGGUUUACGGUGAGUUUACAUCAAGUUCCCGAAGAAUACCGACGUGUUUUGGGGAGUCUGGAGAGAGGUUAGCCAAACUGUUUCGGUGCCAUGUGAGAAUAAACCUUCCCUUGACGUGCCAUGCUUGCCACACAGAUGCCAGAAACUCUACCAGAGGCCAAAGAUGUCAAACAGAUCAAAGACAAGUUGGCCCAGUCUCUUAAAGCCCUCCAGAAACGAUACGUGACAUCAGACGCCGUGGUCACCAGUGAAGACGAGAAUGCUAAUCUCCUUUGCUCCGCUCUGGAGGCUAUUUUCAUUCAUGGGAUCAAGAGCAAGUAUAUCCGCUCCGAAGCUGGAGGCCGGAAUAGGAAGGGUGACCGAGGAGUCCUCCCUCAGCCUUAUUUCUGGAGCCUCCUCAAGACGGUCACACACCGUGACGUGAUCACGGAGCUGGAGAAGAUCAGCUACCUCGGCACAGAGGUGGGCCGCUGCAGAGCGUGGCUGCGACUGGCCCUGAACCACGGCCUUCUAGAGUGCUACCUCGCGUCUCUGUUUCGGGAGGACUCCAAGCUGCAUGCUCACUAUCAGCCCAGUGCCUUGCUCCUGAAUGCAGAGGAGCGAGAAGUUCUGCUCAGCUACCUCCAGGGUCUGGCCUCACUCACAUUCAACCUGUCCUACAAGUCCGCUGUCCUUAACGAAUGGACCACCACACCUCUGGUUCUGGCGGGACUCUGCCCACUGUCCCAGUCGGACAUGCUCAAUGGUGCAAGCCAACUUGCCUCGAAGGCCCCCCGCAAGGAAUCGUGGGACACUGCGUCUCAGUCAUCAAGUUCAUCAGAUGCAAUGGAUGUGCAGAGAGUCAACACGAUGUCUCCUCCUGGCGGAGAGGUUUUACAAGGAGAAAAGGCGGUGCUGUACUCAUCUAAUUUGAGUCUGGACACCACGGGGUCCUCCCAGCUCUCCUCCAGCUUGAGCUCCGACAGUUACCUGCAGGGACAGGACCCCCGCAGCCUGAACGGAGAGCAGUGGUCUUCAGGCGACCUGGACGCCCCCAUUAUUGUCAGAAACUACACCAAAAGGCACCAGAAAGAUGUGCAGUCUGAUUUCCGAGAGAGUGGACAGUGCAGUCAGGACUCGAUGCGUGAAGACUCAUUCGUCUCCAGCACAGGAGGCGAACUUUUCUCGGAGAGCACAACAUUCAGCGGCUCAGACAGCGAGAACCAGGGUCAGGAUAUGUCGGCACAAGACCCCGAAGAACAACUCCAAAAUCCUGACCCAGAGCCACCUCCACCCUCUGACCAGAUCCCAUCCUGUGAUGAACAACUUGAUGUCCAAGCAGCACAUGAAAUGUGCGGUAGUUCCUCUUCUGAAUUAUGCUCUGACACAGCUGUGAUCUCUGUUGUCAAACCUUCUGAGCCUGUGGAAGAAGAACAUGUGGCUGUUGUUCCGAAGAGCGCAGAGCCAGUUCAGGAAAUGAAGGAAACAGGUGCUUCAGAGAAGAGAAGCUUUGAGUCACAAACAAGCAAAGGCUCACAACGCUCAACAAGCAUCAUCAGCAGGAAACUGUCUACAGAUUCAUUCUCACACUCGCGUUCUUGGAUUUCUGAGGAUGACAUUUACAAGCCUGAUUUGGCAGAGGUGCCCGAUAAUGAGGAGGUGUCUCCCACAGCUGACCUGAAGGCUUCCCAGUCUCCUCCCAGUGUCGUCCAUCGCAGACAAAUAGGGCUUUCCAACCCCUUUCGAGGCCUGCUGAAGCUCGGCCACUUGGAGCGACGAGGCGGAAUGGGAAUAUGGCGCGACUACUACUGCGAACUCUCACCCUUUGAGUUCCGGAUGUACCUGAAUGCGGAAGAUCGCGAAUGUUUCGACAACUGCUCCCUCCUGCGAUGCGAAGACAUUCGUAUCACAUCGUCGGAGGGCCGAUUCGAAUUGGCCUUUCCGGGGAAACGGCUUUACCUCCGAGCAGCCAAUCAGGAUGAAGCAGAGGAUUGGGUGGACCGUAUAUUUGAGGCUGUAAACAAAUGCCGACCAACGCCACACGACGAUGAGCACUGGGAAGUGUUGCAGGGAAAUGGAGCGGAAAAUGGAGCGGAUGAGCGUUCAGUUUCAUCUGCUUCCUCUGCUCUCUCGAGCCCCGAGCGACGCUUGUCGUCCUCUGACUCGAGCGAGACGGUUCCUCCUGUCCAGGAGUUUGACUGGUCUCGAACUACUGUCUUGGAAAGGGAUGCUCUCAAAGAAGCUGUUCUGUAUCUCUCCAAAGAUUCUGAAGCCAGAACUUGGGCACCUCUGGUUGUUUCCCUUUCUCUGGAGGCCCUGAAAGGCUUUCGGGUACAGGAGGAAAGGAAGGUGUUGUGGCUAAACCAUCCCAUUGCUGAAAUCAGGGAUGUUGUUCCAGAUGUCUCCUUGGGAGGACCAGCCUUUUUUAAAGUCCUUACAGUGAGAGAGACGCUAAGAUUCAGAGCAGAGAAUCCCGAGGAGGCUCGGUCCUGGAGGGUUUUGAUCCGUGGAGCUUUGGACUCGUAUUUGGAGAGCGGAGAGGAUGUAAUUUCUGAGGAACCUCCUCCAGUCUGGAGCACUGGAGUGAAUGGUAAUCUGCAUAGACUGGUGCAACAUAGACUGAAAGAAAAUGGACCACUUCUGGCACACCUCUACACAGUUCCAUCAGAAAAGGGACUGGACGCUCAGAGCUUUAAAUGCUCAGGCUGCCAUCAGCAGAUUGGCCCGUCCCGAGGAAGAGCCCGGCUGUGUGAGUUUUCAGGCCAGUACUACUGUGAGGCCUGCCACAAGGGGGACACCACCAUCAUCCCGUCGCGCAUGGUGCACAACUGGGAUCUCACCCAAAGAGAGGUGUCAAAGAACGCUCUGCGUCUGUUGGCUCAGAUAGAGAGGGAGCCUCUGAUGAACCUGGAGCUGCUGAAUCCUGAUCUGAUGAGCCAUGCAGAAUCCAUGGCUCAGGCCCACAGCCUGCGAGAGAGGCUGCGCCUGCUGGGCGACUACCUGCUGACCUGCCGCAGCGGAGCCUGCAAGAAACUCCAUGCCAGAAUGGGACAGCGAACUUAUCUGUUGGAGUCAAGGCACCUGUACAGUGUUCAGGAUUUAAGACAGGUAUUGUUUUAUGUUAUUUCUUUAUCUUUUAAUGUUUCUCCACCCAUCUGUAGCCCCAGCAGACCUGGGCUUUUGCUGAAAGUCAGAUGCAGAUGGAGUUGGGUUCCUGACCUCUGGUGA